AUGACUGAGCUUCACGCGCUUGCCUGGACGCGUCAUAUCGAACUUUUUGAACUUUUGACUCAGCUCACCGUUCGUCAAGGUCUCUCUUCAACCUUGCUCUUCGUAACCUGUAUGGACUUCAAAAAACCUGUCAAGACAAUUGAUCCAUAUGCCGAAUUGCCCUUCCAAAAGGGACAACGCCUCCAGUUCACUACAUCUGCGCCAUUCACGCCAACCUAUGUAACAUCGAACCUUUCAUUAGCGUCGGAUCCAACGGAGAUGUACAAUAAUCGGGUCAAAGGCCGACAAAUUCUUCUCGAGAACCCCGCCAAGGAAAGCAAAGCAAAGAAAGAGCUUGACAGGAGACGCGAGAUCAGGAAGAAGGAGAGAGAGCGGAAGAAACUUGGGAAAAUCGGGAAACGAGAGGCGAAGGAGAAGGGCGUCUGGAAAUUUGAUGAAAGUCAGGCCAAAUUUCAUCUCUUCCUUCCUUUACACCAGCUCUGGAUGGGAUACAUGUCGGAACUUCUUGGGCUCCAGCGGCAACCCGCGCAGAUCAGUUCAACCGCCGCCGCCGCGAGGGCCAUGCCCGGCUCAGCUGGUAUGCAUCCCAAGUUGCUCAAGGCGGAUUUUCAUGGUUCGAUCAUGACUGUCUCCAAAAGCAAGAAUCCAUGCCUGGUAGGCCUUUCUGGGAUUGUAAUACACGAAACGGAGAAUGUAUUCAAAGUGGUGACAAAAGAUGACAAACUAAAAGUCCUCCCCAAACAAAACUCCAUUUUUACGUUUGCCGUUCCGCUAUACUCCACGCUUCCCUCCUCGCAUGACAUCAACACGCCUUUUAUCCCACCCCCUCCUCAAAAUGUCGAUUCCACGUCGUCAUCCUCCAUCAAGACCGUCUUAGAUGCUCCGAACAUCCAGUUCGAGCUCUACGGGAACCAAUUCAGGUUCAGGGCAGCUGAACGCGCUGGGAGAAAGUUCAAGCACAAAGAGACAAUUGAGCUCUGA